AUCAAAACCAUGCCUGGCUCUCUCGACAGCGACCUUUACGACGACCUGUAUGGGGACAACGACGACGCUCGCGAGGAGUCGGCGCCUCAAGCGGCGGCCGAGCCUGCCACGGAACAGAAGCCCUCAGUCCAAGAAGUGAAACGGGAGGAGAAACCAAUUCUGCCAAAAGAGAGCUCCCUACCACCAAAGCCCUCAGCAGAGUUGUCAUAUUCGGCCCAGGUUGCAAAGCAAUUUUCGGCAUACAAGCAGACCCCUGCCCAGGAACGACAGCAGUACCAGGUGUCUCCCGCUACGAAGGCCAACGGCCAUGCCGAUGAUUCAGCAUUGCUAGACGAGAAUGGACGCAGAGCCGUUCGGCCCUCGGAAAUGAAGGAUGAAGGGUGAGUGCAUCCGCAUCUCCGUCGGCUGGCAUAUUGCACGCAAGUCUUGUCCCACCACAUGUACCGUUUCCGUGGCACUCGUCGCGGCAUCACCGUGCUACGUACGACUCUGUCGAUCGUUCGUCUCUAUUCUCUUGACAUAUGCGCUACAUCGCUUUAUAUGACCAGACAGACCGUACCUGCCACACAUGUUGUGUUCGUGCUACCCUCUGGCUCUCCUCCACGUGUCGCGCUCUUUACCAUCUACCCUCGGCUAGCUUCUUACGUUACGGAUGCUAAUCUUCUUUUACGCCUACCGGUAUACGCCUCUCCUCCUCGGUAUCCCUCGACCUAAUUGUGACUCUGUUUACGGCAUUGGCUAUCUUGGACCUCUCCUCACCUACCGCCCCUACGCCUAUGGUACCCCUACGACACUGCUACGGCACGGUCUACGGCACGGGCUAUCUCUAUCGC